AUGAUGUCUCCUGAACUUGUCCUGCUAAUGUUUGUGUGUCUGCAGAGUGCACGGUUCUGCAGAGGUGAGUAUGCUGAAAGUACUAGUUUAAUGCUGGUUUUGGAGGGAAAAGUUUAAAUACUGGAUUCUGAAACUGCAGCUGAUGCUCCCACUGAGCUGAAACGUAAAUCAGGAAUUUCAUGAUCAAUAUGGCAUGCUGCUUUAUUAAACUAACACCUCUGUUGAUGCAUAGGCUAUGUGUCUCUUUCUGCUGUGCACCCUGUGCUACAAACAAACUACAAACUCAGGGUACCCUCUAGUGGGGAAACAAUGUAAAUAUACAGUUUUACCCAAAUAUUGAAGCUUAGUUUAGUACCAUAAAAGUCACAAUUAUUAGCUGAAAUUAAGCUGGACUUUAUAUUUUAGAGCUUAAAAAACCAAAGCAACAAAAAAGCAGUUUUAGAAUCUUCUAAAAUACAAUAUUUCAGGAAAAUUAGGACCUCGGCUCAACUCAACUUUAUUUGAAAAGCACUUUAAAACAACCACAGCUAAACAAAGUGCUGUACAUAAAUAGUCAAAACAACGCAGGCAUAAAAAACGAUCAAAAAGCAUUUAAAACAAUGGAUAAAAUAAAAGCAGAUAUUAAAAAGUAAAAUAUAGUUUCAAUGUUUUUAAAAAGUAAUUUAAAAACAUAGAAACACAUAAAUAAAAACAAACCAUAAAACGCUAAAACAGGAGCCGAGUCUCAUGCAGGGUUGAAAGCCAAUGAAUAAAAAUGGGUUUUAAGACGAGUAUAUAAAAAUGGGCAGUAUGGCAGGUGCAAAUAUCUGUUCUUUCUACUUCUGUAAGGUGAGUUAUUGAUCCUUAUUUUGCACAGUUUUGACAUCAUUAACAAAAAAUUAUUGUUCUUAUUUUUAAAACAAACAGCUGACUGAUAUAUGAGUACACGUGUUUCAUGAAACACCUACAGCAAAGGAGGAACAGUGUGAGAAAACAGGGAGAGAGAGCAGGGAGCGACAUGUGGGAAAGGAGCCACUGGCUGGAAGCAAACCUGAGCCGACCACUCGGGGCAAAACAUCCAUAUAAGGGGGGCAAGCAUGGACCACCAGGCCAGCAGUGCCCCCAAGUUAGAGAAUUUUAACAAAAGGGAAUUUUGAGAAUAAUUUUGCAAGUGAAAAAGCCACAAAUGUAGAAGAACUGAAGUGUAACUAUUAAAUGUUAAAUGAAACAGGUGUAAAUUCAUGAGAUUAAAAGAUUAUUUAUUUUUAACCAAAGUUAUUCUUUUAUAGAUUUAGCCUGCCAAAGAAACAUUUGUAUUUUUUUGCAUUUUCUGGCUAAUUUCUCACAGAUACUUUGUAGUAAAUUUUGCUCAGUUUAAUGGUCUGUUAGUUUAACAGAUUAGGCUGUCAACAUGGGGCUCUAUGAGGGCUGACUCGCUGCAGGAUCCAACCUCUAGUGGGCAUGACAGGAACUGCAGUUACCUGCUUUAUGUGAAAUACUUGUUUUCACUUUUUUCAAGUUGUCCUUUUUUCCUGCAGCCGCUCCUGACGUGCAGACGUUGAACCUCAAAGUGGAGUAUGGGGAGUCAGCCAUCUUGCCCUGUAAUGGCUCCGCAUACCUGGGGGAGGAGGGGAGCAUCCAUUGGGAGACGAGUAUGGGGGAGGAGGUGGCGCAUCUGCAGAUAGGGGAGCACAUAGGGGGAGAAAGUUCAAAGGUUAGAUCUGUGCACAAUGUUUUUGGGUAUUUUUCUUCAGUCCUGACAAGUUUAAUUACAUGUACCAAAUAAAAAGGGAGCUGCCGGGCUCAGAGUCAUGUUAGUUUUGCACUGUGCCAACUUUGCAUUCAAAAUGAGGUCAGGGACAGUUACUUCUGACUGACAGUGGUGUUUGUCCUCCAGGUUCAGGUGGAGCUGCCGUCAGAGGAGCAGCUCAGGAGAGGAGACUGGUCUCUGCUUCUCCGGCACACCAUGCUGAGAGACUCAGGGACCUACCAGUGCAUCUGGGAGGGACAAAGGCAGGGCAUCGUGUCCACAGUGUGGCUCUCAGUGACCGGUAAGGAAGUUAGGAAACACUGAACAGAACAACAAAGAUUUUUGUUUGUUUUUCAGUUGUGUUGUGCAGGUUAUAGGUCACAUUGAAGGUGGAAGAAGUUGUGAAAUUAUUUAUCUUGAUUUAAUUUUUUAUAUGGCAAAAACCUGAACAGGGGUGUGUAGACUUUUUAUAGCCACUGUAGGUAUCACAUUUGAACAGAAACACAGGAAAAGGACCACCUCUGGAGAGCUGGUUUAGUCUGACAUGAUUUGUUGAAAGAAAAGGGCGUACUGAGUCAGGUAAGAACCCAACUAAAAAUUAGUCCAAUUCAACAAAGCAAGAAAGCAGCAUUCAAAAGUCCCCAAACCCUCAGAAAUGAAUAAAUCAGAUACUCACUCUCAAAACAUGCUAGGAUGUGAGAAAGAGACCAAAGGCGGGUUCAGGCAGGUCAGGGACAAUCGGGGACUGGAUGGACAAUCGCAGAGGAGAGAAAAUUAAAAAAAAACAUGAGGUGAAGCUGCAGAAACACAAUGAUGAGUCACGAAAUGUUAAAACUCUCAUCUGUUCGUUCUUAUUUAUACCCCACCAUCCCAAAGAGCCACCCACUGAGCGCCAACUGACGAGCUACGAGGGAGAAACAGUGAUGUUGAACUGCUUCCUGCUGAUCUCCAGAAGCCAGACGCUCAGCAGCCUGCAGACCUGGUGGACCAGGAAUGGAGAGACUGUGUUGUCAACAGAGCCGGAGGUUCUGAUCACUGCAAACAGUCUGCUGGAUGUUAUCAUCUAUCUCUGACUGUCUGACCUGGUCUUGUCUCUCACAGGCUGACCUCCCUUUGGACAGUCUUUACCGUUUUAAAGUCCCAUUUGGCACUUUGGAAGAGUUUCAUCUCAGUAUCAGCCCCACACUGCUGUAUGACAACGGAGAAUAUCGCUGCUGGUAUAGAACAGGGUCAGUGAAGCAUCACAAUAUAGAAAAAUAUUCAUGCAUGCACCAACAAACUCACCUCUGAUGCAGGGCUGAAAAAAAACUCAGCCCUUUGCCUUGAACUUCAUCAUGUCAGGGCUCAUACAAAGUUCCAUGUCGUGUUUGUGCAUCAUUUGUCUUUAAUAAUAACCUUUAUUUAUGAUGCUUUCAGGGACUUCGAGUCUCCUCGGCCAGGGUUACCGGAUAGAAUCAGACUGACUGUGCUGGAAAAAGUCUCUACAGGUAACUGAAUGUCAUAAAACAACAUUUUUUUUCUCUCAUUUUCUGUCAUUAAAAACAAAAAUUUCUCAGUAGAGCAUGGAACCAAACUGUCUGUGGGUCAGAGUCUUGCUUGCAUGCAGGUUCUCUCAACAGUUUCUCUUGAAGGGGCUGAGCCAACAAACAUCUACUGUGGCCAAAACACUUACUCAGGGUUUUUCCUGCGUUCAAAAUUGCGUGGCGGCCGCCUCCACUUAAUUUUGUGCCGCCCCCGGCCAGAGCGAUUGAUUUCGCUCAACACAGCGUAAAGCUCCAGCUGUGUUGAUUGAGCGAUUGAUGUCCCGAUGCAGCAGCAACGUAUUUUAACUGCAGUUGCAGCGUUGCGCCACUAUAGAGGCGCUAUAUCAACAGCAGUGCACCGGAGAGACCUGAAGCAUCUACUGAAGAAGAAACGGAUCGAAUCAUGUUUUUUCAAGUUUUUUUCCCGCUAGUUGGUGCUAUCGGCGUCCUGAUUUUCCCUGGCGGAUGGUACAAACAGGUAAAUACUGCUUCUCUUUUUUGCAUCCAAGCAUGUCGUGUUUAUUUAAAAAAAAAAAAGUUUACUCCGUUUUUAGCGUUGCAGUUAUGACAGGCAAAAUCAGCCAGUACUUUAAAAAGCGACCUCGUGAGGAGGAAAGUCAAGAGUCCAGGUGAAACACAGCAGAGAAAAAAACGUAACAGGCAGUUAAAAUGCUAUAAUUCAUGUUGGUGACAACGUGGAAAUUUGUGUCAGGUCUGAAAGUACUUCACAAGGGACUGGUGAUCGCGAGGGUCAGAAUGCAGGACAGGACGAGUCGGCGAGGCGAGGGUAAUUAAUUAAUUAGUUUCCAAUUAGGAGCAUAACAAAGCAAAGCCGACGUGUACGUGGUUUUUAUUCCUCUUUCCAGAUCUUCUCAAAAACACAGAGCCAGUGGCUUUGACAAGCAGUGGCUCAAUCAAUUUACCUGGCUCAGGCAUACUGAGGAAGGCAUGCACUGCUGUUUAUGCCAAAAGCACUGUGCCCCAACACAGCAGGCAAUUGCUGCCUCCUUAGUGAGACAGCCAUCAUCCAACUACAGGCUGGACACAUUAAAAAGACAUGAGGUGACAGCCAUUCACAAAGCAGCAGAAGAGAAGGAAAAAUAUAUCAAAGAUGGUAGUACCUAAAAAAAACUCAACUAAUUAAGUUACAAAAAAUAAAUAACAUAGUUUAGAUAGUUUAAGAAAUAAUUGGUUGUCGUUUUUUUUUUUAGGGAGGACACUGCAGCGUAUACAUAUAUAUGAUUGAAAACACUAUCACUCUUCAUGUCUGUAUCAGAAUAAAAACAAAAAUACUUAAUGCAUGAUGAAUUGUUUUGUUUAAGGUGAAGACACCUCUGUGGAACAGACUGAAGGAGAGGCACUUGGAUGUCUGUUGUAAGGUGGCCGUUGAUGGACCAGACCAGGAGGCCUUGGACUACAAGGAGUGCAUGAGGAGGUUCUACAGAAUGAAAAAGAGGAGGCUGAAAUGUUCUGUCUGGUUGCGAGAUGUGUGGAUGAAGUGUUCUUUCAAUUUAAAGUUGCCAGCUGAUUUGUGUAUGUAUAUAGUUUUAAUAAAUGAAUGCUUUAACAUAAUAAUGGUCACACUCUUUUUUUGAACUCUUAACUUAAAGUAUGUUGCCUGUAAAAGAAAGUGAAUCGGUUGAAUUUACAAAUACAUGCACGUCGUGGCGCAUGGUCAGGAUGGUGCCACCUCUGCCUCAAUUUGAGCCAGGAAAAACCCUGUUACUAGUGCAGUGGUUUUCAAGUCCAUUCCUUGAGGCCCACUGUUGCAUGUUUUGGAUGUUUCCCUGCUCCGACACACCUGAUUCAAAUGAUCAGCUCGUUAGUAAGCCAUUACAGAGCUUGAUAAUGAGCUGAUCAUUUGAAUCAGGUGUGUUGGAGCAGGGAAACAUCCAAAACAUGCAGGACAGGGGGGACUUGAGGACUGGACUUGAGAACCACUGCACUAAUGCCACAUCCCGAGGCGACCAUGUGUGGCUAACAACUAUCCACAUAUUGACCCAUUAACAAUGAAAAAAAUGCCCUCAAAAGGUCACCAUAGAUUUAUGGUAACAAAAGAAUAAAUUACUCAACUGAAGCUUAACUAAAGAACAAAUUUUAUAAAUCAACUUAACACGCACAGAAAAAUAAAUAAAUAAGAUAAAACAAAAAAAAAAAAACACAGAUGAGAGGCAAUAGGGCAGCAGUCACCCUCCAGCCAGCUCUGGACCUUUAAACUCUACAGAGCAGGUGACGCUGAUUGCCAAUUAGUGAUUUCACCUGGGCAGAUCUAGGUUAGGCCAAAGGGGGAAAAAAACGCAAAUAUACAGCCAUAACAGUGACAUGUAACUCAAAUAACCUAACUUAUAUUAUACAAUAUUGAAAUACCCUUUAAGUUAGUCAAACAGGAGUCAGCUGUGUCAUCAUGCUAAUAAAUCUGUAACAGUUAAUACAAAGUGAGUCAUUUCCUCUGUGUUUUAGCCACAGCCGCAGUGACAGACGACUGGCUUAGUUCCUCAAAUAGUCCCACAGUAUUUCUAAAUAAAGAGUGGACCGAAAGCACCACAUCAUCCCCUGAUGUUAUCCCUGUGUUUCUGGAAGAUUCCACUCAGCCACCAAAAGGUAAACUUUACCAAGUUAGCCGCAUGGAUAGAAAAACAAUAACGUUUGUACGGCUUAUUAAAACUGUGUGCUUGCUGUAGGCGGAUCUUGGAUGCUGCUCUCACAUGCAUGA